GUCCUGGAGGGUAUCGCGACGUCCCUGGUUGAGAAAUCACCUGUUAUAUGCCCGGCACGACCUGCGCGUUCGCUUUUCCUCCGCGACCUCCUCUCCAGUGACCACUGCACACGAUGAGCACUCUCGUACCCCGCGCGAACCUGCCUGGGCUCUCCCCAUUCGGGCGGACUGUUUGGGAGAAUGUCAAGACUGCGGUCGUCGCGUACCUCAUCGUCACCCGGGUAAUCAAGGCAGGACGCCACCUGCGAGCUCGCGGCCUCGUACGGAGCGUCACAGACAUAUACCGAUGGGUCCUCCAGGAAUCGUUGUUGCUCGCGCUGCGCUUCCCGACUGCGAGGAAGAAAGUGGAGACGGAGCUUGGCAAGGCGCGGUUGGACAUUGAAGCCAAGCUUGUCCCCCAAGGCCCUGGCGUGACCCGCCAUCUCUCCCUCCCCGCAAGUGGACAUGACACCACCUGGAUCCUCGCCGAGAUGGCGAAGAUGGAUCAAGAGUCGGGGAAUCACGUGGAUUGGCGCGACGGAAAGGUCUCUGGCGCUGUGUACCAUGGUGGCGAUGACAUGUCGAAGGUCAUCAUGUCCGCCAUGGAGCGUUAUUGCCUCUCGAACCCCCUGCACCCCGAUGUCUUCCCCGCAGUCCGUAAGAUGGAGGCGGAGGUCGUCGCAAUGGUGCUUAAGAUGUACAACAACCCUAAUGGUGCGGGUACCACCACCUCCGGCGGUACCGAGUCUAUCAUCAUGGCCGUCAAGACAUACCGUGAGUGGGCGCGCGCGACUAAGGGUAUCACUGAGCCCGAGAUCGUUAUCCCGAUCUCGGCACACGCCGCUUUUGACAAGGGUGCUGCCUACCUUGGUAUCAAGGUGCACACUAUCCCGGUCGACCCAGAAACCCGCCAGGUAGACCUCAAGCAUGUCCGUCGCGCGAUUAACGCGAACACCAUCAUGAUUGUGGGCUCCGCUAUCAACUUCCCUGACGGGAACCAAGACGACAUUGUCGCCCUCGGAAAACUUGCCACCAAGUACAAAGUAGGCUUGCAUGUGGAUUGUUGCCUCGGCAGCUUCAUCAUGCCGUUCCUGGAAGAGGCUGGCUUCCCUGUCCAGCCGUUCGAUUUCAGGGUCGAGGGUGUCACCAGCAUUAGCUGCGACACUCACAAGUACGGUUUUGCGCCGAAGGGCAACUCAGUGAUCAUGUAUCGUGAUGCGGCACUGCGUCGCUUCCAGUACUACGUCAACCCCGACUGGGUUGGUGGUGUCUAUGGUAGCCCUAGUAUCGCUGGUUCGCGACCUGGUGCACUCAUCGCCGGAACCUGGGCAGCCCUGCAAUACAUGGGCCAUGCAGGCUACCUCGAGUCCUGCAAGAGCAUCGUCUCUGCGGCGAAGACGAUCGCGAAGCGUAUUACGGCCGAGAUCCCAGAGUUGCGCAUCCUCGGCAACCCGCCCGCGUCCGUCGUCGCGUUUGCGGCCGCGCACGGCAACCCACUGAACGUGCUCGAGGUCGGCGACGCGAUGUCCCGCAAGGGCUGGCACCUCAACGCGAUCAGCAAUCCGGCCGCCGUGCAUAUCGCCGUUACGCGCCUGACGUUGCCCGUCGUGGACACUCUGAUCGCAGACCUGAAGGACGCAGUGAACGAGGCGAAGCUCGCGCCGUCCGGCUCCGGUACUAUGGUGAUGCUUUACGGACUGGGCCAGUCGAGCCCCGUCGGGUCGACGAUGGUCGGACACGUCGCCGAGGCGUUCUUGGACACGAUGUACAAGGCGUAAUCUUUCUUAUGCUCUAUUCGGGCUGGGAGGACUUCGGAGGGCAUUAGGUACGCGACCGCCGUUGCUGGGGCGUUGGGGACGCAGAAACGAAUGAGGUCGGCCGUCGUACGAGCUAUAAGCGCUUCCGCUACGAUGCCGACCCACAGUUACGCGUCGUUGAACAUUUACGUUUCGCACUGACAGUAUCGACUCAUUUUUGUGCUUUUUAUGUUGUACCGCUGCACACUGCUCAUGAUAUACCGUAUUGCCACAAUGCGUAUUAACCCUUCC